UCUUGCCGGAAUAGGAGUGUGGGAGAUGAUAUCGCGCCAUCGAAGUUGUCAAGGUGUUUUUUACCUUUCGGUGAAUCGGCGGAGAUUAUUCACAGAGCUACAAGUGGAGGUUGUGCAUAAAGAUGUGACCUAGGAGUCUAAAAUAGCAAGCGCUGCUGUGUGAGGAUUGUUGUUGGAUCAGUAAAAUGCCAGGUUUGCCGAGCGAGGGAUCUGCAGUAGGUGUGGGGAGUCCGGUCAGGAAAAACCGUUUAUCUCUAAAGUUUCUGCAAAAGAAAGAAACCAAGCGAGCGCUGGACUUCACCGAGCCUCAGGCUGAGGAACCCAACACUGCAGAACCAGCAGACACCACAAGUUGUGAUCAGGUUGUGCCAGCGCCUUGUCACUCAUCUGUUUCCUGUGGAAAAAGAGAGAGCUUUGUACCUUUUGUUGGCCUUAACAAUCUCGGAAACACCUGCUACCUUAACAGCAUCCUUCAGGUAUUGUACUAUUGCCCUGGUUUUAAAGAUGCUGUUAAGACGUUGUAUCGGUUGUCUAAGUUAAAAGACAAACAGAAAGAAGAUGCUACCAAAAGUGAAGAGAAAGACUCGUGUGAAGACUCUCUGCCUGUUCACAUGGAAUUACUGCACAGCUUCCAGACUUUAAUAUGUUCUGUAGAGCAGCUGCAGUCGAGUUUCCUGUUUAACCCAGACAAGUAUAAUGAAGGAGAGCUGGCCACACCCCCACGCCGAAUACUCAAUACUCUCAGACAAUUGAAUCCUAUGUAUGAGGGCUAUCUGCAGCAUGAUGCACAGGAGGUACUGCAGUGCAUCCUCGCGUAUAUCCAGGAAGCCUGUGACACCAUAAAGAAAGAACUUAAAUCCAAUCCCGAUGAAAAACCUGGAGUGUGUGAGCAUAUCACAAAAGGUGAGACAACAGAUGGGAUGACGCCUACCGUAGAGGAAGAGGAGAGCUCUGAUGGACAGCUGAGCGGGAAAAGGAAGAGCGACACAGAAGUGGGCAAUGCCAAGAAGAAGCCCAAAUCUCAGAGCAAACCCAAGAAAAGCAAUGAGGAAUGCAGACCUUUCACCCGCUCAAAGAGAAAAUCCUCCGGUGGUGAUUUGGGAAAACCAGUCAGUGACCAGACCGAUGUGGCAGAGAAGGACAAGGAGGAAAAAGAGAGAGGAAGCAACACAGAGGAAGCGAAAAGCGAAGGAACUGCAAAGGAACCAAAUAAAAGGAAGAAGAGGGCAAAGCUGAACUGGUUGAAACCUUCAGGGAAGCAGCCCAGUAUUUUCUCCAAAUUCCGCAGCAUGGGUCGAAUCAGCUCUCAUGUUGGAGACAGAGCAGACAGCAACGACCAGGACAUGAGCAGCAGUGAGCAGUCUCAGGAUAAAAGCACUCCUAAAAGUGACAAGACCAUACAGAAUCAAACUGCACCAAAGACAGAAGACACAGAUCUCCAUGGCUUGGAUAUGCUGAAGCAGCUGUUCCAGGGUCAGCUGGUGCUGAGGACACGCUGUCUGGAGUGUGAGUGCUACACCGAGAGGAGAGAGGACUUCCAGGACAUAAGUGUACCAGUGCAAGAGGAUGAGACCAGCUGCUCAGAGCCCAGUUCAGAGAUUUCCCCAGAUCCUAAGCCAGAACAGAAGACUCUGAGGUGGGCCAUCUCUCAGUUUGCAUCAGUGGAGCGGAUAGUUGGACAGGAUAAAUAUUUCUGUGAGACCUGUCACCACUACACUGAGGCAGAGAGGAGUCUUCUGUUUGACAAGACCCCUGACGUCGUCACCAUUCACCUCAAGUGUUUUGCAGCCAGUGGCUUGGAGAUGGACCCAUAUGCUGGACUGUCAAAGGUGAACACACCACUCCUCACUCCCCUUAAACUCUCCUUGGAUGAAUGGAGCACACGACCCUCAUCGACGCACGAGCAGCACCAUUACAGGCUCUUCGCCGUGGUCAUGCACAGUGGAGUGACCAUCAACAGCGGCCAUUACACCACCUACGUCCACAUGAUGGACCUCCAUCGCACCAAGCUUGAGCUCCAUUCUCAGGAGAAGGGCCUGAAAGAGGAAGACAGUGAGACAAAACCACUAAAAAAGGAAGAUGUUUCCCCACCCGACUAUGAUGAUGGUGAGGUGUCCUUCAGCGUGAGCUCCAAAGUGAAGAAUCUGACUAACGGAUCGAGUCUGUCUAGCAAAGCCGGAGGAAAGAGGUCUACAGAAGGGGUCAGUCUACUGGGAGGCCAGAGAAGCAUCUCAAGCUACGAGAUCAGUGCCAGCAAGCAGGCCGCUUCAGAGAAACCUUCUAACAUGGCUGCCUACGCCAGUUCUCCUGUGCAGAAUGGAGUGUUGAAGAAGGAGAGGGAUGAAGAAGGAGAUGGUGUGAAAGAAGAGAGUCAGGUGAGCGUGGACAUGGCUUUACAGAACCUCCUGGACUACGAAGGGAAGUGGGUGCUGUUCGAUGACUCCGAGGUCAGGCUGUUUGAGGAAGAAGAGUUCCUCCGUGCGUGCUCUCCUGACACCUGUUCCACCUCCACACCAUACCUCCUCUUCUACAAGAAGGUCUCAGUGGAAAUGACCUGAAGGACAUCUGGACCACAGCUAAUGUUCAGAAAGAACUCGCAGAAGAACCAAGCUAAAGACGAGUUGAAAAGGAAUACUCCAGGGACGACAACUUGAUCUCUGUCUGCCUCAUGCGUCAUUACCACAUUUCUUUAUGGUCACUGUAAUGACCAGGCUGGACAGGUCAUAAAUUUUUAAGCUAGUCAUCCAGUAGACGUCGUCUCAAUUACAUUCUAGUCUGUGGUAAUCACCCAUGUGCUUCAAAUGCAGAUGAUUCUGGAAAAAAUUCUUAAGCAUUCCUUAAACAGAUGUGUUUGUGUUAUAUAUAUAUAUAUAUUUUGUAUGCCAUGGUGCUGCAUUUGUACCUGUAUGUGUGUUUUUCCCCCUUAUUCCCUUCUGUCACAAAUGUUUUCUUUCUUUCCUAGCUACAGAACAUGACAUGAGAUUAUCACCUACUUUUUCAGAGGCCCUUACAAAAUGCACCUUGGCACUAACAGUAGUGCACUUAACGGCCUGUAGGUCUUUGUUCUCCAGUGGCCCGAAAUAAGUCAGGUAAAUUCCUCAUGCACUGGUUUUUAUACUUCGAUUUUUAUUUUUAAAGGAUUUUCAUUUUAUUCUUGAUGUACAGCUUCAUAUUAUUUGCAGGAUGUUCCAUUUAAGUUGUAAAUAUUACCAUAGUAUAGCGUUUAGUCUCCAUGUGCCAGUGUUUUCUGUUCAGGUCAGAACAGAUGAAAGCCAGCUCUGAGACCUGAGCAGAGACGAGCCGUUUGCACACAGACGUGAGGGAUAGCCGGGCUUGGUCGUGUCGUCUAGAGGGAAACUGCAAGGAAUAGAGAUAUAUUUUUGUAGCUUUUAUCCUACUGUACCUCAUUGCAGUUUCCCAUGUUGCGAGAUCCUGGACUUCAGAGCUAGCUCUACUCGGUCAUUUCUGAAAUAAGCUACAUUUUGUAUCAGAAGUGAGAGUAGAUCGAAAAUGUUAUGGAUAUGUAAAUAGUUAGAGAAGAGAUGAGACAUGCCCCUCAUCUCUACAGGGUUAACUGGCGUCAACAGCUAAAGCCAUUACCUAUACGCAAUAAAUACAGACUUUAGUUUUUCAUAUGGAGACAUCAUCUGUGCCUGGAGAAAAGGCAGUUCGAUUAUAUUUGUGGGGGUAAGGCUUUGUGUAAAUUCCUUUUGUGCCUUUUUUGUAGAUUCUCUUGUACACCCAUUAAACACCAGCAAAUUAAAAGCCAACUUGUGCUCUCAUUUCAGUCAAACAAACCAUUUGACAUUGUGCAUUAAAAUAUUUAUUUAGUAAAAUAUUCAAGGUAAACAAAAGCUACAUAAAAUUAUUCAAAUGUUUAAAACAUUUCAAUAACUUUUAAACAAAUGUAACAAUGGAAAAAAAUCCAUGAUCAAUAAUGGUACGGUUUGGUUUUUUUGUUGGUUUUUUUUUUUGCUUGCUUUUCAUUCGGGUUAAAUAGUAAACUUUCCAAAGUCGUACCAUGUGUGAUAAAAAAAAAAAUGCUUGAGGACGUGGGGAUGGAGGGAAGAAAAAAAGUGCACACGA